AUCCGCUCCUUCCUCCCACACUCCUUCGCUCUUUCUACCGCCGACCGAAACUCGAACUUCACUUCUCCAACACCCGAAGCCGCACCGCGCACCGCGUGGUCAAGCCUCACGCGACACCGAUCUGAAACCUUCGGGUGCUUCCAACGUACCUUGCAUAGACUACGGUCCUGACCAGGACUUCCUCACCAUGGACUGGAGAUUGACCAGCGACACGACCGCGGGUCCACACGUCUACCUCACCAGACCCAGAGGCUUCAACCCAUUUCCGGCGAAUCUUCCAAGAACGCUGCCUCCUCCGGUCAAUGAGGGCACGUUCCGUUCACCUUUCGGCAUCAACAAGGACCUCUACAACUUCGCCCUCCGCCCCGAGGUUCCGAUCACGAUCGCGCUCACCUACAUCUUCUCCGUGCUUUUAUUCAAUGUUAUCAACAAACAGCGCGCCUACAAGCCGUGGGCCAUCUCCAAAGAGCCCAUCUUCAAGUUCUCCGUCAUCAUCCACAAUGCGCUCCUCACAGUCUACUCCGCCGCGACCUUCGUCGCCAUGUGUCGUGCAUACUACCAAGUCUGGCCCGAUCGCAACGACCACACCGGAUUCGCAGGCAUCGCAGAUGGGUUGUGUAAGAUUCAUGGACCAAGAGGUUUGGGCGACGCGGUGACCUACAACACCACAAUCAACAUCUGGGAGGUCAAGAACGAGAUUAUCAAAUUGGGAUACAAUGGCAACCCGGACCCGACUGAUGUCGGACGUCUGUGGAAUGAAGGUCUGGCCUUCUGGGGUUGGAUCUUCUACGUCAGCAAGUUUUACGAGGUUUUGGACACUGUGAUCAUUCUGGCCAAGGGCAAGCGCAGUGCCACUUUGCAGACGUAUCACCAUGCCGGCGCGAUGAUGUGCAUGUGGGCAGGCAUUCGCUACAUGAGUCCUCCGAUCUCGAUGUUCGUGUUUGUCAACUCGUUCAUCCACUCGUUGAUGUACACCUACUUCACCCUCUCAGCACUUGGUGUCCGGGUACCUGGCGUCCUCAAACGCACUCUGACAACCAUGCAAAUCGCUCAAUUUGUUUGGGGAGCUUCUUAUGCAGCUGCUCACCUAUUCAUCAAGUACGAUGUGCCAGUCGAGACACCAUACCAAGUUCUGUCCGUGGUCAAAGCAGCUGCAUCCAGUGUCAGCUCUGCUGCCUCCGCUGCAUCCUCGACCGCAUCCAAAGUCAUUGAAUCUCCCAUGGCAUCCGGCACCUUGAUCGCACUCGCCAAGAAGCUCCUCCUGCGCGCCAUUGGCGAGGAGGGCAUUGCCGAGCGCGUGACCACCAACCAAGGCGAAACUCUCAGCAACCAAAUCGUCGAGAAGAUCCAGCAGUUUAACGAGCGAACGGAACCCACUUACGAGACGAAGUGGCGCACUGAGAUCACCAAGGUCAACUGCAUCGACACUGACGGCGAAGCCUUUGCCAUCUACCUGAACUUGUUCUACCUCGUUCCUUUGACCUACCUCUUUGGCCGCUUCUUCGUCCGCUCAUACCUGGGAUGGGGAAAGCCCAAGAACGUGAGAGAAGCAGCGCAUCAGACCAAGGAGUCCGGCAAGGAAGCGAAGCGCAAGACCGAGGAGAAGGUCGAGCAAACUGGCAAGAAAGCCGAGGACAAGAUUCAGAAC